CGUUGCAGCAAUCGUUCUCUGUUUGCGUCUCAACUCAAGCUCAAGAUGGCAGACCUGUCCAGGUCUCUCGUCUCACAGAAAUCAUCCGAUUCAGGACUCCAUGUCCAGCUCCACCCUCUCGUUCUUCUCACCAUCUCAGAUCACAUCACACGCCAUGCCGCCCGCUCUCAACAAGGACCAAUAGUCGGGGCUCUUCUUGGGCAACAAAACGGCCCAGAAAUAACUCUGGAACAUGCCUUUGAGUGUAGGGUCUCCGAUGGCCCGAGUGGCGAAGUAAUACUAUCGCAGUCCUGGUUCGAAGAGAGGGUGAAACAAUACAAGGAUGUUCACAAGGAUCCCACUCUCGAUCUUGUGGGAUGGUGGUCGACUGCUCCGCUAUCUGGUCCAACUACUGCGCAUCUUCCAAUCCAACAGCAGUUGCUUCAAGAGUACAAUGAAUCCGCCGUGUUUCUCGCAUUUCACCCUUCACAGCUCAGGUCGCCAUCGGAGAAUGGAGCCAAGCUUCCUUUGACCAUUUACGAAAGUGUCUACGAGGGUGAGAAUGUCGCAGACGCUGACAGGGAAAUGCAAGUGGACAUCGAACAGUCGCUGAGCAUUCGAUUCCGGGAGCUACCUUACUCUGUCGAAACCGGAGAGGCAGAGAUGAUAAGCAUGGACUUCGUCGCCAGAGGCGGCGGUAAUGCCACCACUAUAGCAUCUCAACCCCAUCCUGGUACCAGUGAUCGUGAGGGAGGUAUCAAGGAGGAGCCUACCGCAGUACUUUCACCGGACGAAGAAGAUUUAAUAACAACCCUCAACACUCGCCUCAAUGCAAUCCGUACCCUCGAAUCCCGAAUUUCACUCAUAAAAUCCUACCUCUCCACUCUCUCCGAAACAGCUACGCACCAUGAGAAAAAGGACCCCUCUGUAUCCCUCUCCCAUCCAAUCUUGCGCAACAUCAACUCGCUCAUCUCCCACCUCUCCCUCCUCAUCCCGCAAGACCGUACAGAAUUCUCCACCGAAACCCUCGCACAAUCCAACGACGUCGCCCUCGUUUCCCUCCUCGGUCAACUAGGCCAGAGUGUCAAGGCCAUGCGUGAGCUGGGAAGGAAGUCAGCUAUCGUGCAGACUGCGCGGCAGGGUGCUACGUCGCGGAAGGCGCAGCUUGGGAUGUCCCUGGGACGGCAGAGGGGAUUUGGGGAGGAAUUCUUGAGAGGGCUAUGAGGUUAUGAAGCAUGAAGUAUUGUCUAGAUCUCUUCUUUUCUUUUGGUAAUUCACUAUGACUAGAAACAUGACGAUGCCAUGGACAGCCGGUUGUUUAUGGAUUUCUCUUCUUUUUACCUACACCCCCCAUUUCCGGUGCUUAGAUCUUCCAUUAGAGAGAUAUGAGCAGAGACCUCAGUAAGGUAGUGUCUCAAGGUCAUGUCUCUAUUAUUAUCUAUGCGCAUCUCCAGCGCAUUCUGUAGUAGAAUCUAAUUAAG